AUGCCAAUUUUCAAUGGCACUGCCUCUGCUUGGCCGACCUUCUCCUUCAUUAGCAUCCCUGGAUUGGAGACUGCACACAUAUGGAUUUCAAUUCCUUUCUGUCUCAUGUACCUGGGGGCCCUUGCCGGCAAUGCUCUUCUUCUCAUCUUAGUUAGAGUAGAACAAAAUCUACACGAGCCUCAGUUUUAUUUUUUGGCAAUGCUUGCUCUCACUGACCUAGGCCUUUCCAUGACUACAAUGCCCAGUGUCAUGGCUAUCUUCUGGUUUGAUGUCCACCAUAUUGGUCUGGAUGCUUGCCUGACUCAAAUGUUUUUCAUCCACACCUUAUCCUCAGUAGAAUCAGGUGUCCUGGUGGCCAUGGCUUUUGACCGCUUGGUAGCUAUCUGUGCUCCCCUAAACUACACCAGGAUUUUGACACACUGUACUGUCGCCUGCCUCAGUGGAGCUGCUCUUGUACGUGGUGUCACACUGCUAGCCCCUCUUCCUUUUUUCCUCAGGACCUUCCCUUUUUGUGGGGACAAUAUCCUCUCACACUCUUACUGCUACUACCCAGAUAUGCUGAACCUGGCCUGUGGGGAUGUCACUUUUAGCAGCGUCUAUGGACUAGUAUUUGUGGUCUGUACCUUUGCAGUGGAUGCAAUCUUCAUCCUAGUUUCAUACAUAAAGAUCUUGGGCACUAUUAUGAAUCUGGAGACCCAGGACAGAAACUGGAGAUCACUACAGACGUGUGCCUGUCACCUGUGCACAGUUUUGGUGUUUUAUCUGCCCCUCAUCAGUUUGGCAGUGUUACAUCGUUACACCCGAGACACUUCCCCUAUUUUGUAUACCAUCAUGAGCAACACCUACCUCCUCAUGACACCAUUUCUCAACCCUCUUGUCUACAGUCUCAAAUCCAGGCAGAUCCAGGCUGCCUUGCGCAAGAGAUUUGGAGUGCAACGUGUCAUUGCUGGAGAAUGA